AUGAAUCCAAGCAUUUCCACCAUUCUUUUGAUCUGCCUGAUUGCUUCUACUACAGGUUUACCCAUCAAGGGUUGUAAAAGUCGACCAAAGUCAGGAAAAAAUCAUGGGAAAGCAGAUGAUACCAAAACACUGGAACCUCUUGACGUCUUCUCCAAGAUUCUCGAAGUGAACACAGGAGUGGAAAAGAGCACACACCCAAUAGUCUAUGGGGAUAUAAUGAAAAGGAUGGGUCGUUAUGCCACUAACUGUGAUAACUGUCUAUGGCCGAAAUCUGCCGAUGGAACUGUCCAAGUGCCAUAUACCUUAUCUCCAAAUUAUGGUGCUGAAAACCAGAACCUGUUUAUGACCGCAAUGCAAGAAUUUGAAACCUUGACCUGUGUGCGUUUUGUAAACAGGAAAGAAGAAGUAAAUUACCUGAACAUUUCCUCAUCUGAUGGGUGUUUAUCCUAUUCUGGGCUAACUGGAGGAGCUCAGCCUGUAUUUUUAUUAGCCCCUGGUUGCAUGUCUAGAGGAACCAUACAACAUGAGCUAAAUCAUGCUUUGGGGUUUCUACAUGAAAAUAGCCGGUCAGAUCGUGACAACUACAUCAACGUAAAUUACAAAAACGUCAGUCCAGGUCUGCCAUAUGAUUAUUCUUCAGUGAUGCAUUAUGGAAAGUUUGCAUUUAGCAUGAAUCCAAAGAUACCCACCAUCACACCCAUUCCUGACCCAAAUGUGUCCAUUGGACAAAGAGAUGGCCUCAGUGUCCUGGAUGUGGCAAAAAUCAAUAAACUCUACAACUGCAAUGUCUCCAGCAAGCUGCUCAAUAAUCCAACUGGAAAUUUCUCCUCUGCUAACUAUCCAUCUAAUUAUUCACACAACACAAACUAUGUCUUUUUGAUCAGAACCCCAGGAAGACAAGUUUCUGUAACCUUCAAUGACUUCAGUCUUCAGAGCACUCCUGGGUGUACCUCAGACUAUAUUAGGAUCUACGAUGGACCCAGUAGGAGAUCUCCAGUCCUGCUGAACAGCACAUGUGGCAGCGCAAAAAUUCCUACAGUAAUUGGUUCCACAAACCAGAUGCUGAUGGAAUUUGUUAGUGAUGGCACUAUUUCAUCUAAGGGAUUCAGUGCUUCGUAUAACACAGUGCCAUGUGGAGGAACUUUCUUUACGGCAACAUAUAACAUCACAUCUCCAGGUUACGCCUCAGGGUCCUACUUUCCCAACCUGAACUGUUUUUUUACUAUAUAUGCACCUACCGGAUACAAGUCAAGGCAACCUGAACCUGAAAAUUUAACAAAUUCAUUUGAAGAAAAUUGA